AACAGAGAUAUCGUAUAACGCCUCCGUGAUAUAAAAUUAUUAUCGGCUAUUUGGCUGUGUAAUAAACGCUGGAAAUUCAGAUUCGAUAAUUAGUGUCGUCGUGGACAUUAACGGUAUUAUUUCGCAGACGAUGUUGCUUGAAAUUUGCCUAUUCUCUUUGAUCAUCUUCAUCGAUGCAAGAGCGACCGAUGUAACAAACGAUGCACGUUCCGUGUGUUUAACUGAGGAGUGUAAAAGAUUCGCUACGAGGAUACUAACGAACAUGAACGCAUCCGCGGAUCCCUGCGAGGACUUCUAUGAAUAUGCAUGCGGCAACUGGCCAACGAUACAUUCGCUUCCACUUGGAGAGAAUUCCUGGCAAUUGCGAGCCAUUUCUGACAACGAGAACAAAAGAAGAAUCGAGGAAAUGAUGAAGAUGGAGUUGCGAGGUGACGAAAUUUCAUCGGUAAAGGUCGCGAAACAAUGGUACAAAACUUGUAUGGACACAGAGGAUAUGAAUAAGCGAGGUAUGGAACCGAUACUCUUCAUACUGAAUGAAAUCGGUGGGUGGCCGAUAAUAAUAGGAAAAAACAAGUGGAACGACAGUGAACAGAAAUGGCAGAAUAUCGACGAUUAUUAUGCUCAUUUAAGAGGAUCUAAUUUGUUGCAUGAUGUCCGAGUCACGGCGUAUGGUGAUACCAAAGAGAAGACUGUGAUUUUAGACGUUCCCGACAUGCCACCGUAUUCGUGGAUGCUUGAAGAAUUUUUCGAAGCUGACAACGAGACACUUGCAAUCAUUGAUAAAAGAGAUCUUAGUUAUUGGAAGUACAUUGUGAAGAUAAUUUCGAAAAUAGCUGAGGCUGCAGGAUUUAAUACAACAAGGAGCCAGUUAGAAGAAGAAAUUGAAGAUAUAUUUAAUUUCGAAUGGAAAUUGUUGAAGAUAAGUAGUAUGGUAAAUGAUUAUGUAAAUAUGACUGUGGCAGGCUUCCAAAAAUGGUACGAUAAUUUAAAGCCACGUACACACAAAUCUAUGGUAAAUUGGAUAGACAAGAUAAUGGACAUUUUUAAUGAAUCGGGUAUCGAUAUCUCUGAAGACACGAUGUUAAAGGUAACCUCACCUGAUUACUACGAGAAAUUAAUUCCCUUACUCGAUGAAACUCCAAGCAGAACCAUAGUGAAUUAUCUUCAUUGGAGCUUCGUUUCAUCGAUGAUCACAGAGACUACCGACGAAAUGAGAGAAUUGGAUGAGAAAAUGGCUGGAAAUGAUUCAAACGUGCAACAAGACAGGUCGGACUGGUGCAUCAAGAAGAUGGAAUUAACGAAAGUCGUAGCGCACGUGGAAUACGCAAGAAGAUAUUUCUCCGACGACAUGAUAGAAACGGCAUUGAAUGCGUUGAAUGACAUAGAAGAGGAAAUGAAGAUAGAAAUUAAAGAAUCGAAUUGGGCGAACAAGGAGAUCAAAGAUUUGGCUUUGAGAAGAAUUAAGUUUAUAAAAAAAAAUAUUGGUUAUCCGGAUUGGUAUAAUAACGCAACUAUCAUGGAAAAUUAUUCUGCAAAUCUUACAAUGGGACCGAGGUAUUUUGAAAAUGCAUUGGAGGUUCAGAGAUAUUAUAAAUUCAAGGAAUUGCGUCUUUUGAAGCAUAAAGAUAUGGCGGAAUCAUGGAUUAUCGAUCCUUUGACUCUCAAUGCAAUCUAUUUGAGCCAGUCGAAUUCAAUUACUGUACCCUUGGCGAAUUUACAGGAACCAUUUUUCAGCAGAAACCAACCAAAUACGAUUAAUUACGCGUUGACUGGAUUUUUAUUAGCACACGAAUUGCAUCAUCCAUUUGACGAGCUAAGGCGUCUUUUCAAUGAACGUGGCGAGGAAAUAAACUGGCCAGAUGAAAUGACGAAGCAAUACUAUAAAAGUGCUCAGUGUUUCGUUGAUCAGUACGACAACUAUACUUUAGAUGGGACAUCUUCUGGUCCAAGAGUCAAGAAUUAUGGUAAUCAGACUUUCGACGAAAAUAUGCCAGAUACCAUGGGAUUAAAAACUGCGUUCAAAGCGUACAAACGAAGAGAAAUAAUAAACGGCAAACCAGAAUCAACACUGCCUGGCUUGCAAAUGUUCAACAAUGACCAAAUUUUCUUUCUAUCGUCUGCUAAUUUAUGGUGUGAAACCAGAAAUUCCCAAACGUUAGUCACAGAUGCCAAAUUAGACAUACAUAGUAUUGGACGAUUAAGAUGCAUAGGGGCUCUUUCGAACAGUGAGGAUUUCACAGCUACAUUUUCCUGUUCUCUGGGCAGCCCUAUGAGUCCUAAGAAGAAAUGUAACAUAUGGAAGAUAUAGCACGUACUACAUUUCAAUUAAAUGUUCAAUUUAACAUACUAUUGCAGCAAUAAAAUAGAAAAAUGA